AUGAUCAAGUCCAAUCACACUUCCCCUGUGAUGGAGUUCAUUCUCCUGGGCUUGUCAGCCCACCCAAAGCUAGAGAAAAUGUUCUUUCUGCUCAUCCUGCUAAUGUACCUGGUGAUCCUGCUGGGAAACGGGGUCCUCAUCCUGGUGACCAUCCUUGACUCCCACCUGCACACACCCAUGUACUUCUUCCUGGGGAACCUCUCCUUCCUGGACAUCUGCUUCACAACCUCCUCAGUUCCCCUCAUUCUUGACAGCUUCCUCACUCCCAGGAAAACCAUCUCAUUCUCAGCUUGUGCUGUGCAGAUGUUUCUCUCUUUUGCCAUGGGAGCCACAGAAUGUGUGCUUUUGAGCAUGAUGGCCUUUGAUCGCUAUGUGGCCAUCUGCAACCCCCUUAGAUACCCCAUGGUCAUGAGCAAGGCUGCCUUUGUUCCCAUGGCUGCCGGCUCCUGGGCAGCUGGAAGCACCACUGCCAUGGUGCAGACAUUCCUAGCAAUGCAAUUGCCUUUCUGUGGGGACAACGUCAUCAACCACUUCACCUGUGAGAUCCUGGCUGUCCUGAAGUUGGCCUGUGCUGACAUCUCCAUCAAUGUGAUCAGUAUGGGGGUAGCCAAUGUGAUCUUCCUGGGGGUCCCAGUACUGUUCAUCACUGUCUCAUAUGCGUUCAUAAUUGCUACUAUAUUGAGGCUCCCCUCAGCAGAGGGCAGGAGAAAGGCCUUCUCCACCUGCUCUGCCCACCUCACAGUCGUGGUUGUCUUUUAUGGGACCAUCCUCUUCAUGUACGCAAAGCCCAAGUCUAAGGACCAAAUGGGGGCAGACAAACAGGACCUUUCAGACAAGCUCAUCUCGCUCUUCUAUGGGGUGCUGACCCCCAUGCUCAACCCCAUCAUCUACAGCCUGAGGAACAAGGACGUGAAGGCCGCUGUGAGGAACCUGGUGGACCAGAAACGCGUCACCCAGUGA